AUGGUAGGCUGGGUAAAAGCCGAUACAAAAGCCAUUCAAGCAAUCCACGAUCACGUGAUUACGCACAACCCUAGAGUUAGCGUUUCCCACAAUGACCAUACGACGUGGAAUCUUCACAUCAAAAACGUUCAAGAAGAAGACGGUGGGCAGUAUAUGUGUCAGAUCAAUACUGAUCCCAUGAAAAGUCAGGUCGGAUACCUGGAUGUGUCCGUGCCCCCGGAUUUUAUUCCGGAAGACACUUCGGGGGACGUGAUGGUCCCGGAAGGCGGAACCGUUAAGUUGACUUGUCGAGCUCGGGGACACCCAGACCCUCACGUGCAGUGGCGAAGAGAAGACGGCCAUGAUAUUGUUAUUAAGGAACCCACAGGACUGAAAACGACAGGUAGGUUAUGA